GCGGGACUUCCAAGGCUGGGACAUGAAGGUCGCUGUGUUGGACCUUGGGUCUCUCUUUGCCAAAAUCUUCAAGACCUCGACGGCGCCCCCGGCGGCCCCCUCGCUGGUCGCCUCCUCCAGCCACUCGGGAGGCGCUGCCACCGCAGGGCCGGCGGGCUCCGGCGCGGGCGCCUCGCUUGGCACGGCCCCGACCGUGACCCUCUUCCGGGCCCUGGCGCCCCACUCCCCCUCCGCCUCGCGGGGGGCGCCCGCCCCGCUCCAUCCUCUGCUCACCGCCUCCUACCCCAGGGUCUCGGGGGCCAGCCGCGCGGCAGACGCGGUAGGGACCCCCCUCUCGCUGCCCAGUAGCCCGAGAGUAGCCAGGGUCCAGCCCCUGCCCCUGGCCCCUGCCCCCUCCAGCGGUGGCUGCAGCGCCGCGGGCUCCCCCGCCCAUCCGGUGGCCCCCGGCGGGGUCUGGGCCGCGCUGCCGUCCAUCGGGGGCGCCCCGGGCAGCAGCAGUCUCGCCUCGAGCCCACGGAACCCCCGCGCGCCCGGGCCCGGAGAGCGAGAGCCCAGCGCUUGGAUACCCCCCGGGCCCGGCCCCAAGACCCCGUUCUUCCCCCUGCCCGACAUCGGCGAGGAGCGGGCCGCGGACAGCGACGCGGAGGCCGGCGGAGAGGCGAGAGGACUGUCAGAAGGAUCUGGAAAGCAUAGUUUUGCUGUGAAAAGCAAAGAUUCUUUACCAACACACUUUACAAGAAAUGUGCAGAAAGCCAUUGAUAAAUAUACCUGUGAAUCCGUGUCAUCGUUUUCAUCAAGUGGAAGCCCUACACACCCAGAAGCCCCCAACUCUUGGUCUGGGUCUGGGACGCAGAGUUCUACCACUGGCUUAUCUACAGAGCGGAGCUCCAUUUACUCCUGGAGAGAUGAUGAGUUUGACAAAGCCAAUGCACAGAAAGUACAGCAGUUAUUCUGGGAGGUUGAGGAAAUGUUAUUUGAAGGGAAAGUAAGCCCUCAGACCCAGAAUCUGCUGGCUGAAUGCAGUGAGUGGGCAAGAAGAUCCCUCCAUCUGAGAGUAUUAGGAAGACAGCUCAUCCUGCCAUCUGAUGAAGGGUUCCGACAUUUCCGGGGCAGCGAGCCUAGUUCUGUGAUCCACAAACCCUUCUUUGAUGCCUGUGAAUGCAACAGCAACGUCAGACAGCUGUGCAUCUCUGGCUCUCAGAUACUCCCAGCAGCACCCUCAGCCCCUGCCCUGCCAGGCCCUGACUGCGCAGGGGCUGCUGACCUUCCAGCAUGUUCAUCCCUGGAAGAAGAGGUUAUUGAUGUGGAUGGAAAGAUUGAAGAGUAUUUCGCUUUUGACAGAAGAGAAGAUGACGAUGAAUGCCUUGAACCAAAAUCAGCUCACCAUCGUAGGACAUGGCGUAAACGUGGACUUCCUCCCAUUUCCCCUCAUGACUGUAUCAAAGAUGCGGUGGCCGGAGAAGUGUUUGAUCACAUCUGGACAGAUGUGGUAGAAAUAUUGGAAGAGCUGAUUAGAAAAAACUGGGAAAUUACACUCACAGAAGGAAAAAAACAGAAAGAAAACUUGAAAGUAGCUGAGAAUAAAUCUCCACACAUAUUUGUUUCCCGUGUUAACACUGAUGUAUCAAGUGUUCCCCCAUCCAGAAAUUCUGAAACUCGAAGCAUAUCCCUGGCUUCUCAUCUUAAUCCACCUCAGAUUCAUCGCUUCUCCAGCAACUUUUAUAGCGAUUUGAACGGUGUGAUGACAAUUCAAGCAAAACCGCUUCAGCAGAGACCUACCUAUUUUGCAGACAGAACACAGAAUGAGCAAGAGGACAAAUCAUCGGGUGUGGGGACCAGCGCCCUUUCCUCAUCACGGUAUCGUCUGGGACGCAUCUCAGAUCCUCGCGGACUACAGAGUUCUUUAAGGAAAACACCGGUGCACAGGAGGCUGCCUUCUCUUACUUCAGACUCACAGAGAAUGAAAACCCCCAAUGUGUACAGUGAUGAAGUUCUUAGGGGAACAAAACUGCAAACUGGUGUAGACCGCCUGUCCUCCCCACCAGUUCAAACCUCACGGAGCAGGUUACCCCCAAUAGACUCAGAGGCUGGUGAGCAGAACGUCGCAGUUCCCGGAUCUCGCCCUGUUUCUUACAGAGGAAGGCAUCCACAAAACCGUGUGUUAAGUGCGAUACCAGACAGUAUAGAACGGUCGCCUCUUCGAGAAAGAUCUCUGACUGUGGAACAGUUUUCAAGGCCCAGCACAACCCAUACAUUUCAGUCAGAUACGCCUCGAAAAAGUUCGUUGACACUGAUGGAAUUUGCUGGUCACACAUGGACAGGUCAAGGUUUUUUGGCAGGUUCACAGUAUCCAUCUAAAUCUUUUCAGAGGACAACUUUGACUUCAAGAAAGAGAUUCCAGUUGGCAUCUUGAUGUUACUUCCCCAGAACUACAGCACUGUGGGAGCAUUCAGAGCGUCAGCCCACCAUUUAUCACUUGAAAAAUGGAAGAACAAGUAUUAUGUUAUGUGUGUUUGUCUGACAGUCUGAGAUGUUAGAUAAUCUGAGAGAAAUGCAAACAAACAAACAACUUAAUUUUGAACACACUGCACUGUAAAGAGAAUACAAGUUAAACUCACCAACCUUCUUCUUUACUGGAACCUUUAUUCCAAUAAAGGUUUUUUAGGCUUUGCUCAGAAGAAUCUGAUGUGUGUUUAUAAUCCAUCCUUUUAUCAGUUAUACACAGACACACACAUAAUUGGUGUAUGCAUUCACACACUACUCAAUAUACAAGAGUACAUUAAUCUAGGAAUAUGCGAUUUUGUAACUUCGUGUCUUGACAUAUUUUUUGUGUCUCAUUCUAUUAUUAAUUCCAUCAAAAUCCUAGUCACUAAUAGAUAUUAGUCCCUUCUUUA